AUGGUAACUGCAGUCGAAGCUGUGGUGCUUAUUUGUUAUUGUGCCAAUUUACAAUAUACUUUACAAACAAUUUCUGGAGAAGUAGAAAACAUCUUGACCGCAAGUCUUUGCAAAUAUGCCACGAAUAAAAACUGGCGAUUAUUUUGGAAUCAAUUUCAACAACACUAUUAUUGUUGCGGUAGUUACCAAAAUACUGAUUGGUACCAAACAGCUUGGGUUUCACCUCCAUCCUCAUUUUCUCUACUAAAAAAAUACACACAACAUAAUGGGAAAUUUAUUAUACCUGCUGCUCCCAUAAGUUGUUGUUUACCUGACGCUAUUUGCGAUACAUUCACAGAUUGUGAACAACCUGAUCCAGAAAAAUAUUAUCAAAAUAGUUGCUCUUCGAUUAUAGCUAAUCAAAUAAAUUCUAUAUCAUAUACAAGAUACUCACUUUACGCUAUAUUAGUUAUUCAGAUUAUUUCUGCUGUUGUAAAAUAUGAAGGCUACAUAGAAAAUAAUCACAAUCCAAAAUUAUAG